AUUGGAUAAUUUAGAUCUGAUAAUGCAGGGAUGAGAUCGACCACAGAGAACCACAUGAACCCAACUGGAGGGAGAAAGGCAAAUUGGAUUUGAGAAUUCCUCUCAUCUCCUACCUGUAGACUAUAAAUUACACUCCUUCAUCACUCACGUCUCCCACUCUCAUCCUCCUUAUCUCAUAACAUUUCAAAAGUCAAAACUCAAACUCUUCUUUCUUUCCAGAAGAUUUCAACAAUUCAAAGCCAUGGCGGUAGAAACUGUAGCAUCUGCCUUGGAGCUCAUCAAACAACAUUUAUUCGAUGAUUUAUUUGAUGAUCCUUUCUCACCUGUUCGCAGCUCUUCUUCAUUAGCCACUUCUCCGACGAACCUCGAGCUUUCCAGCUCUCGGUGUUGCUCUGACUGCACCCAGACUUCGACCUCUCACUCUGCCAUUUCCUUUUCUGAUUGCUUGCGUGAUGACUGUAUUGGUGUUCAUUUUUUCGAAUUCGAAGCUAAACCUCAGAUCAUCAAUUUCACUACUCCAAAUUAUAGUGAUUCAACCACCAGUUUUGGAAUUCUGUCUUCUAAUGAUUUCCUUAAUUUCGAAUCAAAAUCCCAAACUUCUCCUCUGAAUUCAAGCUUUCAGUUUCAAGCGAGUCGAAAGCCCUCCUCGAAUGUUUCACUUCCUAGCAAAACCGACUGGAUUCAAUUUGAUAAACCAAACCACAAAACGGUGCAUGGCUACUCAAGCGUUGCUGCCGUUGAAGUGAAAAGGCAUUACAGAGGAGUUCGUCAAAGACCAUGGGGAAAAUACGCAGCGGAGAUAAGAGACCCUAACCGGAAAGGCACACGUGUGUGGCUAGGAUCCUUCGAUACAGCCAUCGAAGCCGCCAAAGCCUAUGAUCGAGCCGCGUUCAAGCUUCGAGGCUCCAAAGCCAUACUGAACUUCCCUCUGGAAGCCGGGAAAUUGAAUACACGCGCACAUGAAGUAAAUGAUACUGAUGUAACAGAUGACGCAAGUGAACGCAAACGGACAAAGACAAACUGAGAUCAUUGAGAAGCCAGGCCUGUUUGGUGUAGUUGUGGAAUGCAGUUAAUCCCUGCGUUUUUGUGUAGUUACGAGUAUUUGAGUGUGAGGAUAUUUAUUUUUUUAAAAAAAAAUUAACCGAUUUUCUCCAUGGAAUUCAU